UUCGCGAGGAGACGAGACUACAUACUUGCACCCAAGGCAACAGUUCAAGGUGUGAGGAAAAUCGAUAACCCGCUGUUGAAUCUUGAUCACCUAUGGGCUUCAGCUUUCUUAGUAUUUGGGUUCAAAUCAGAACCUCCUUUGGUGCAACUGCAAGCCAUGGAUAUGGUACUUUACAUCAAAAGAACAGCUCUUCCUCUGGCAAUCACAGCUUUCACAACCUUCUCGAGGUGUAACUCCGCAUUAGAGCUCCUAAAAGUAUGCACCAAUGUGUUAGAGGAAGUGGAGAAAUCAUUUGUGUCUCAGAUACAAGAUUGGCGUCAAGGCUCACUCUGUUGGAAGAAGAAGACCAACAAGAAGGUCGAUGAAUACGUGUGGCAGGAUGUUACAUUGUUGAAAGCUUUAUUGCUGGAGACCAGAGCGAAGCUACUGCUACGAGGCGGGCAUUUCGAUAGUGGAGAGGAACUUUGCAGGACUUGUAUCAGUAUCAGGACAGUGAUGCUUGGCCAUAACCAUGAUCUCACUUUGGCUGCUCAAGAAACACUA